UGAUACUUUAUUUUAUUUGAUAAAAAAUGAGUAGCCCUAGCCAACAGUUUAUGUUUUUCCGCUUUAACCUCAACCAAAUCUACACCUUCAUUAUUAAUAUUUUAUAUCCAAAUUCACAGCGAAAACUCAGCUGCAAAAUCCCAAGAGAAAAAUAAUACGAAUAUACGAUUCCCCAUUUCUUGAUUACCGUGCCCCCAAAACACAGAGACAUAUUGUUGGUGUAAAAUUUCUUGGUAUCGUGUUGUUGUCUUCUUGCUAUACCUCUGCGGAAAAACCCAGAAUUGGGUCCAUAUUUGAUGGAUCUCUGUUGAUCCAAUCAUUUGGGUAUUAGUGCUUUUUGUAGUGUGUGCUUUUCUUUACUUUUCCCCUUUGGCCUUUCUUCAAGUCGUUCCCCUAAGUCGUCUCCAUACCUUGUCGAGUUACAGAAAGAGCAGGCGAUAAGUUAUCUCUUAUUUUUCAGGUGUGGGUAACUAGGUCAUAGGGUUGGAAUUGGGUGCUAUUUUACUUGAUUGUGCCUAGUGGUGUGGUUUUUGCAAAAAGGUCCUCGUUAAAUCAGGAAUAUGUAAAGAAAGCUUGAAAAGGGGUUGUAAUGGUGGCAACUGAGGAAGGUUUUUGCAUUCAGAUGUACACGAGACAAGUGGCUCUCUUUCUCUCUUCGCAGAGACAGCAGUCGAUAUUUACUCCAUUCUCUCUCUACGGCUCUCACUAAACUCGAUACACACUUGACAGCUCAACCAUCACCUUUUUCUGUAUCUCACCGCUAACCAUUUCCUCCUAAUUUUGGCAAAAAUCCAACUCAAGAUCUCAAUUUCCUUUUCUGGCUUUUCUCGAUUUCAAUCAUGGGUAGCUAUCUUUCUCCUAAAUUCGUAUAAAAAUCUCGAUUUUUUUUUAAAUUGUUUUAGCUCUCUAUCUCAAGUGCAAAUCAAUGGCGGCAAUCCUUCGGUUCCGAAAGUUGUGUUUCAUUGAGCCAACAUUGAAAAACACUGGAUCAUCUGAAACCCCAAAAGACGAGAAACAAGAAGAAAGUCGAACAAUUACAAAACACGAGUGCGAUAAGACCAAGAAGAAUAAGAAGAUGCAACGGUGGAAGUGUAUAGAUUCGUGCUGUUGGUUCAUCGGGUGCAUGUGUACUACUUGGUGGCUACUCUUGUUUCUGUACCAUUGUCUACCUGCUCAUUUGUCUGGGUUCAAAUCCCCUGAAUCACCUGGUGUAAGGCUCAAAAACGAAGGGUUAACCCCACUCCACCCUGUCGUUUUGGUCCCUGGAAUCGUCACCGGUGGCCUUGAGCUUUGGGAAGGUCGACCUUGUUCUCAUGGCCUUUUUCGCAAACGCCUUUGGGGUGGUAGCUUUGCCCAGAUCUUACAGAGGCCAUUGUGUUGGUUGGAGCAUUUGUCACUCGACAAUGAAACAGGACUCGACCCGCCAGGCAUUCGGGUCAGACCGGUUCCGGGCCUUGUUGCAGCAGAUUAUUUUGCUCCUGGAUAUUUCGUUUGGGCUGUUCUUAUCGAGAAUUUGGCUAAAAUUGGGUACGAAGGGAAGAAUAUGUAUAUGGCUGCUUACGACUGGAGGCUUUCUUUUCAAAACACUGAGGUAAGGGAUCAAGCGCUAAGCAGAUUGAAGAUCAACAUCGAGCUAAUGUACGUAACAAACGGUAACAAAAAAGUGGUGGUGGUGCCACAUUCAAUGGGUGUCAUCUACUUCCUCCACUUCCUCAAAUGGGUGGAAGCACCACCUCCGAUGGGUGGUGGCGGUGGUUCAGGGUGGUGCGACAAGCAUAUCAAAGCAAUCAUGAACAUCGGACCGGCGUUUCUUGGUGUCCCCAAGGCAGUUAGCGGGAUGCUAUCAGCUGAAGGCAAAGACGUUGCUUUUUUCAGAGCCAUGGCUCCUGGUGUGUUAGAUUCAGAGAUUCUAGGGCUUCAAACUUUAGAACACAUGAUGCGUGUAGGUCGAACAUGGGACUCUGUGAUUUCACUACUUCCUAAAGGAGGAGACACCAUUUGGGGUGACUUAGAUUCCUCCCCAGAAGAUAUCCAAACAGUAAGUAGUUAUCAGAGACAAAACAACACGAAACAUCAAAUCGAAAUUAAACAAGAAACGAAAUACGGAAGAAUCAUUUCAUUUGGGAAAACAGCUUCCGAGCAACAUUCUUCAAAUCUCACAACUCAUGACCUUGUAAAAGAUAAGUUAUUGGAUUCAGGUGGAAAGUGUGGUGAGGUUUGGACUGAAUAUGGUAAGAUCAGCCGUGAGAACAUCAUGAAACUAGCAGAUAACAAAGCGUACACAGCCGGAACAUUGAUCGAUCUACUACGGUUUGUGGCUCCAAAGACUAUGAAACGGGCGGAGGCCCAUUUCUCACAUGGAAUAGCAUCGGAUCUUGAUGACCCGAAAUAUUCCCAUUACAAAUACUGGUCAAACCCAUUAGAGACAAAACUACCACAUGCUCCAGACAUGGAGAUUUACUGUUUAUACGGGGUGGGACUUCCAACAGAAAGAUCAUAUGUGUAUAAAGUCUCACAGUCUGACAAAUGCAAUACAAUUCCGUUUCAGAUUGACAGCUCAGCAGAGGGGAAGUGGUUACGUGGCGGAGUCUACUUUGUUGAUGGGGAUGAGAGUGUACCGGUUUUGAGUGCGGGGUUUAUGUGUGCAAAAGGGUGGAGAGGGAAAACAAGGUUUAAUCCAUCUGGCAGUAGGACGCAUAUACGGGAGUAUAGACAUAAAGCUCCGGGGAGUUUGCUGGAGGGGAGGGGUUUGGAAAGUGGGGCCCAUGUUGAUAUAAUGGGGAAUGUGGCGUUGAUUGAGGAUGUUUUGAGGGUGGCUGCCGGAGCUUCUGGGGAGGAGAUAGGCGGUGAUCGGAUAUAUUCUGAUAUAUUGAAGAUGGCAGAGAGAGUAAAUAUCAAGUUGUAGAUGCUUAGUUUUGUGGUUUGGGGAUGAUCUGCAAUGUUCAACUAAGGGAUGAGAGGUAUGAUCAACGGCAGUGAUGGUUCACUGACUAUCAUUGCAGAAAAAGAAGAAAACAUAUCAUCAUCAUCAUCAUCAUCAUCAGAUCUAGAGAGAGAGAGAGAGAGAGAGAGAUGUUCAAUAUCACCGUAGUUUUGUCUUUAAACUUUAGUU